AUGAUAAGCGACAUCAAAAAACUUUCGCUACUGCUAGUGGUGGCCACGAUCUGUUGCACGACAGCCGUGGCGGAUCCGUGUACGGAGCAAGGUGUAUAUACUGGUUUUCUGCCGCACGAAACCGAUUGUACGAAGUACUACUCCUGCUACGGUGGCGUGGCCUACGAGCAGACCUGCCCAGAUGGCAAGUAUUUCGACCCAACGCGAACCAUUUGCGAUUUGGAGGCUAAUGUGGACUGCGUGAGCAAUAACUGCCCACCGGAUGGUGUCGUGUUUCUGCCCAUCCCGAACGUGUGCGACCGCUAUCUGAUCUGCAUUAACGGCAAUGCGUUCGAGGGCGUCUGUGAUGGCGGCCUGUUUUUCGAUGCGGUGCUGGGAGACUGUAACCUGAAGAAUGAGAGCGGUUGUUUGGUGAAUCCUUGCAUUCAGCCACCACCAAAUCCACCGCAGCUGGAGAUCUAUCCGAAUCCCGCCGAUUGCCACCAGUACCUCAUCUGCGGCAACGGUGAACCUGUCGUGAGGGACUGCGCACCGCAACUAGUGUUUGACCCUUCCUCCCUGCAGUGUGUACCGGGCGAAGAGUGUUUG